AUGGCAGAUACCUCGGUUGUUGAGCCACCAGCUCCUAUUUCCAUCACCAACCCCGAAACCCUUGACCAUAAUGCCGAAGACAGGAUUGUGGCGACAACCGGCACCGCAGGCGACACUCUGCAAGGAGAUCAGCAGCUCCAAUCAGUUAAAAAGACCAAGAUCAUUCGCAGGAAGAAACGCCCAGCGAGGAUACAAGUCGACGCGUCAACUAUCAAAGCCGAGCCCGCGCAGCAACCGGGACUAGACUAUAACAUUUGGUACAACAAAAGCGGCGACAACGACGACAAAUAUGGCCUCAGUCAACCCGCGCCCAGUCGCUGCAAUAUUGCGCGUGACUCGGGAUACACUCGCGCCGAUCGCAUUCCGGGGUCAUUCUUCUGGUUCAACCCUAACAUGGACUGCUUUGGGAGAGACAAGCACAGCGAUUACAAGGAAGAUAUGUCCGGAGUGGGCUCGUUCACACGCCAAAAUAGGACAAUCUACGUGGGCCGGAUUACAGUUUCCGAUGAUAUUGAAGAAGUGUGCUCAAGGCAUUUUGCCGAAUGGGGUCAAAUCGAAAGAACCAGAGUGCUUACCGGACGGGGCGUGGCUUUUGUGACCUACUCGUCAGAAAGUAAUGCGCAGUUUGCUCUAGUUGCGAUGCAGAACCAAAGCUUGGACCAUGAGGAAAUUCUUAACGUACGAUGGGCAACGGUCGACCCGAACCCAAUGGCACAGAAGCGCGAGGCACGCCGGUUAGAAGAGCAAGCUGCCGAGGCAGUGCGCCGGGCUCUUCCUGCAGCUUUUGUAGCAGAGAUCGAAGGCCGAGAUCCCGAGGCCAAGAAGCGGAAGAAGAUCGAGGGAACUUUCGGACUACAGGGCUAUGAUGUUCCAGAUGAUGUGUGGCAUGCCAGAACCCGUCAAUUGGAGGAUGCGAGCCAGGCUGCUCAGCUAGAGGCACCUGAACAACCUUUGAUGAUCGAGUCUGCUUCAGUUUCGGCACAGGAGCAGCAGCCCCAGAGUAAUGGCAUCUUCUCCAGCUCUGCUGUUGCAGCCCUGCACAGUCUUAAUGGUGGUAGGGUAACGACCCAGGCAUCCAAAGCUACUGCUGGACCGUUGGUCGGCUACGGCAGCGACGAUGAGAGUGACUGA